UUAUUAAUUUCCCCGCAAAUAAACCAGUUUACCGUUCUCGUUACUCGUUCAUAUACAUUUCGCUAAAUAGUUCUGUUCCCGAUUAUCCCUUUCUUCGGAUGUGCCUUCCGGGUCAGUGUAAGCAUAUUCUGACCAGAUAAACCAGCUCCUUGGAAGUGUUUAGACUUGUUUGAUUGGGGGCGGUGGGAGGCAGUAGAAUGGGGUUACUGGCUUUAUUUCCUUUUGAUGAAUAAGCCAGAAAGGCCUCCCAUCUUCACGAUUAUCUUUCGUCUUGUGACUUUCCACUACACACGCACACACAGAGUUUCACCUUUCAGCAAGCGCAAGGAAUUCGUGCGAUCUUUUGUGCCGCAUUCCGCGGAUUCCUUUCCCAGAGAGGCUAACGAUUUUCUCAUGACACAACCCACUUCUGCACUGGGUGGAAGAGCGAACUUGCACUUAUGCCAGCAAACAAAACAACUUUCACUGUGAAAGUUGUGCAUUUUUCGAAAACAGAAACAUUUAGACCAUGCAGCUUCACACGUCAAAUUUUAAAAGCUGCAAUAUAUUGUUACAUGUUGGAUAGAUGAUAGCUUAUGUUAUUGCAUAUAAAACCCAGCGCUGGUUCCACCCUCCCCCCACAUUCAGUCAGUUCUGUGAAACGGGAUCGCCCCAAUACCCAGAAACAGGGAACGCCAUCCACCGCUGCUGGGAAUUGUAGUCCAGACGUGAUCGAGGGCUGACCCUUUGGAAUUGCAACUAAAUAUAUGAUUCUGCAUACUGGCGGAGCCAGCAAUAAGAAACUGAAGAGUAAAUCCGACACAUUAACAUUAACGCAUUAUCUAUGUUAAUCCAAUGAGUGCGUGAGUUGGCGUGUGUAUUCCUCGAAAUGUUUUCUAAGUCUGCCCCUAAACUUCCAGAACUCUGGUCUUGAUUGCAGAUACGCGGCUGUGCCAUUGUCUCGAUAUGGAGCUGAAAAGCUCCUUCUAGUCACUUCACUCACGAUCAAGUAAACCCCAGAGCGAGCUCCUUUUUGAAUAUUAAAAAAUCACAGUGCAGGAAAAUCUGAGGUGAGCAAACUACAGAGCCCACAAUUCCGUGUAAUAAUUCCUUUCCCCUCCUCCUGGGAAACGUCACGUGGCGUCACGGAGCAGUCGGAUCGGUUGGAGUCGGAUACUUUGUUGGGAAAGUCUGGAGUCGACUGCCGGCGGAGCGAAGCUGUCAAUCAUCCCAGGAAGAGUGGUCGGGCCGCGGUGGGGCACCGGGGCACAGUGCGCUCCGCAUUAUCAUCACUCCCAGUACCAGCAGCCACCCAGUACGCUUUCUCAUCGCGGAUUGCUGAGCAGGGAAUUGGACAAGAGGACGUGAGAAGGAAGGGAGGGAGAACGAGCGCUGGAGCGAGUGUACCUGGGCUGUACUGAGAAGUUGGGUCAUAGUUCCUGGACUUUCUGAGGCACUGUUCUGGUUUGCUUUUCGCCCUCAUUUGUGGCGCUUAGAAGCCGAGUAAGAAGAUGAGCGGUGGCGAUAUUGUCUACAGCGGCUGGUUGAGGAAGUCCCCACCGGAGAAAAAGUUGAGACGUUACGCAUGGAAGAAGCGGUGGUUUGUACUUCGAAGUGGCCGUCUGACAGGAGAUCCGGAUGUGUUGGAAUACUACAAAAAUGAUCACGCAAAGAAACCGAUCCGUGUCAUUGACUUAAAUCUCUGUGAGCAAGUGGAUGCUGGCCUGUCCUUUAAUAAGAAAGAUCUUGAGAACAGUUAUAUUUUUGAUAUUAAGACAAUUGACCGCAUCUUUUACCUGGUGGCAGACACUGAAGAAGAAAUGAACAAGUGGGUCCGAUGCAUUUGUGACAUCUGUGGGUUCAACCCUACUGAUGAGGAUGCUGUUAAACCAUCUGGCACUGCCCUGACCGAGGUACCUCUUUCUGUUAAUGCUAGACAACCCUCCAUGCCAUCAGUAAUUCCCAUGGGCUCACUACCUCCCCCAUAUCAGCCAAUUAACAUACAGCAUCUGGAGUCCUUCUCCAGCCAAGAAGAUCCACAGGAUUAUCUAUGGUUAGCCAACUGUGAAAGUAAAAAGCCUGAACCCCCCAGUCAUGCAUCAUCAUUUGCCACUGAAGAGGGGGACGAGUAUCUUUUGCUGGAAGAUUUUGAGAGCAAAAAGCAACCAUUUCACAUUCAGUUACAUACAGAUUCUUCGACCAAGUGCACAUCAUCAGAAACUGAUUGCAAUGACAAUGUACCUACACACAAACCCCCAGCGCCUCCCGCACCUAAACUGGCAAUGAAUGGCUUCUUCUCACAACCAAGUUUUUAUGAUUCUCCCCCACCCAGAAUCACGUCAAAGUCUACAGAUUCAAGUCUUUACAACCUGCCAAGGAGUUAUUCUCCAGACAUGAUUACUGGAACUUGUUCACUGUCUACUGCUGAUAGUGACAGUGAUUUGUACGUAUUUAAUACUCCUUCACGGAUAUCUGGUGUAGAGAAUCAGAUGAAGCAGAUGUCUGUUUGUUACGACAUUCCUCCAACUCCUGGGGGCUCAUAUCAGAUUCCACGAAUGCCAGCUGAGGGGUCCCUGAGUCAGAGCUGCUCAAAGUUGGAACCUAUACCAGACGUUCCUCCACCUCGUCCACCAAAACCUUCUGUAUCUCAUGACCGCUCCCCGGUGGACACCUACUGCGUACCUCGAUCAUCCUCGGAGGCUGAUACCAAUUACAGUGUUCCCACGUCUGGCAAAACUCUUCGAAGCAAUACCAUUGGCACUGUGGAAGGUCACUGGCUGAGAAAAGACUGUGGCCCUCAAGAUAGCUACGAUAUUCCCCGAAAGUUUUCAAAUUCAGUCGAUCUUGGGGAAGGCUUUAGUAGUUACCUACAAAAGAAGGGUAUGAUGCCACUAGCAAGUUUGGGAAAUGAAGAGUCUGACCAGAACUACGUGCCCAUGGAUGCUAGUUCCCCACCACGCCUGCAAUCAGCUAGCCACCCAGAGCCAGUCCAGGACACUAAUUAUGUUGCCAUGACGCCUAGUACUUUUGAUUUCCCAGCAUUGGGGAUGCAGGUCCCGCCUCCGGCACACAUGGGUUUCAGGGUAAGCCCCAAAACUCCUCCCAGGAGACCGGUGCCUAACGCUGACUGUCAACCACCACCAGUGGACAGAAAUCUUAAACCUGACAGGAAAGGUCAAAGUCCUAAAAUAUUAAGAGCUAAACCUGUUUUAGAACGAACUGAUACUCAAACCAUAGGUGACUUUACUCCAAGACGACACAAGGUUAAACCUGCUCCAUUGGAAAUUAAACCAUUAUCUGAAUUUGAAGAAAUACAGGAAUUAGCUCCAGUUAGAUCACCGGUGACCAAAACCUUUACCAGAGAAAGCAGCCACUCCAGGUUUCCUGUCAACCCCCGGCCAGCCUCCAUUCACAGCACUGCUUCCAGCACUGAUUCACAGGAGGACAGUGAGGAGAACUACGUGGCCAUGGAAUCUGCUCCCCCCACAGAUGAUCCAAGCAUAAAACAAGGAGUACUGCAGUGUUGUGAUGGGGGAAGUAGUUUAACGAGAUCUAAAGGUGACAGACAACAAGUUGAGUAUUUAGACUUGGAUCUGGACUCCGGAAAAUCAACACCACCACGGAAGAAAAGCAAUGGUACAGGUACAGUAGCAGCAGAUGAAAAAGUAGACUAUGUAUUGGUGGACCAAGAACGAACACUUGCACUGAAGAAUACCAGAAAAGCAUGGACCGAUGAAAGACAAUCUACUGAGUCAGAAACUCCAGUUAAAAGUGCAAAGUGACUUGAUGGUGUCAUUUGACUGAAACAUUAUACCUUUUUGAGAUGCCUUCUUAUUCCUGCCACUAAUGACAUUCUAGCCAGCAUGCUCUACCUUGAAUGAGCCAUCGAUCAAUUUAUGAAGUGACUUGAAACUUUGCAUACAGCAGUAUAUAUGAUAAAAAAUGGGAAAUUAUUGGAGUCAGGUUAAUAGCUGUAAUUAAGUGCAUGCUGUCAUGUUUAGCGAAGGCUACCAUUGAUACUGUACAUUAGUUUCAAGCAUUCAAAUAGGUUAAUGCAGUCUUUAAAUGCCAAUUGAAAUUGUUACUUUGGUACAAGGUGAAGCUAUUAAUUACUGCAGGAAAUUGGUUUCAGAAGUUGAUACCUUGUAUAGAAAAUAACUUCACUUUUAAUUCUAGUCUGAAUCAUGGAAAUAUUCAGUCUGUAAAGUAUGUUUUAGUUAAACUAAUUUUCUAAUUUUUUUAAUUAAGUCCAGGUUAUUUAAGCUACAGUUAGUAAAGGCAUUUUUGACACUUUAUACACUUAACAGUGGUAGUUACAAAAUAAUUACAAAUAGAUUGUUAAACAUCUCUAUUGGAACAUUGCUGGCAGUGGCCCUCAGAUCGCCAUGAUCAAUAAUUAUCAACAAAUAAAAACCAGAAUCCCACAUUCCUUGCCAGUAUUGAACAGAAAGGCCAAUGACUUCCUAUUCUACAGUGUGUUUACUAAAAUGACUACCACAGAGGAAGAAGCGUGCACUACAUAUUAUCCGACACUUGUUGAGUUGGUAGCUCUGGAAAGUUGAGACUUUAAUUCGCUGUGGUUUAAAGAUAUAAAUUUAAAAAUUAAACAUUGCAGAAUGCAGAUUCUGCAGGGUGGAGUCUUGCAUUCCUUGUCACUGAUCCAGAGUGAAAUUAAUUUGGUGGUGUCGUGGUAGCCAGAUGGCUCAAUUUUCAAACUGAGGUGGUAUUUCUUGCCAUAAUUAGGACAUACUUUUAUCCAAGUACCUUGUUGCAAAAUAUGUUCAAUUUCAGUCGUGUUGAGUUAUAUGCAAAAAAAAAAUGUUAAUUUUGCACUACUUUCAGUAGUAAAAAUCUACUUUAAGUUUGGAUGGUUACUUUUUUGCAUUUGAGUACAUUUAAGUCAUCUGUUUAUAAUAGAGCUAAGUUAUGUCAACACCCAUCUUUAAAAGCUACCUACAUUUCAACAUAACCACCACCUUAUCUUGGGAAUGUGAUAAUUGUAUAUAACUUUUUCAGAUCACUUAUAAAGUGCUUACAAACUGUAAAUGUACUAAAAUUACUAACAUUUGUAUUUACAAAAUUUGUCUAUAUGCAUAAAAAUGUUGAAGUCCAGCAAAGAUUUUAUCAUUAAACCUUGAAUUACUACGUGUAUGUUUCUAGUUUUCCAGCUCACAGGUCUUGUAUCUAAAAUAAAUACCUUGCCUUUUCUUGUACUGUAAAUUACACAUAGCAGUUGUUACUCAAUAAUACAGUAAUAUUACUUGUAUUUUAAUGAGUUAUCAAAAUGUCAAUGUAAAAAUAAAAUUAAAUCAGUUGCAUUAUUCCA